UAUAAACUUCCCCUUUGUAUUUUCUAUUUUUUUUUUCAGGGAGACGAAGAAAGAAUUGAGACUUGAGAGUUCCUUCUCUGAAUCAAGAACAGGAGUUUGCUCGUACUAAGAUACCAUACAUCAAUGGCUGACGAAGAUCACAAUAAAAAAUACGUUGAAAGUGAGACUGUAAUCCUUGAGAUUAUGAAGUCAUGGUUGAGGCACUGCAUUGAUGAGGACUCUGAACGAAGGGGUAGGGAGCUCGAGAAAAGAAUCGGACAAAUGAAGAAAGGUGAAGAAGAAACAGAAAAGAUUUUGAGCGAGUUGGAGAUGUAUGCUGAACAACCCUUUGCUGGUCAAAGGAACAUAAAGGAAGUCGUCGACAUGAUUAAUUAUCUGGUUCUAUGGCUGAAAAAGAAGAUCAUUGACUGCGAUAAAUUUCUAAAAGAAAUAAGAAUGAGGAAAAGAAGUGGGGUUGAGGAAGGCUCGGACAGCUCAACCAUGAUGAAAAACUUCUCUGUGCUUGUUGUGGAAGAUGAUUCUUACCUUCGAAACUUGUACAGGCGGCUGUUGAACGUGUUUGGGUUUUUAAAUGAUUUCCAAAUGAAAGUUGAAAUGGCCGCAAAUGGAAAGGAAGCUGUUGAUGUUCUUCGUGGUGGAGUUUCUUUAAAUCUAAUUAUUAUGGACAUGGAUAGAUGCACGAAUGCGCUUGAGGAAAUAAGGGAACUGCGAGCUUUGGGUGUGGAGAGCAACAUUAUUGGUUACACCUCGAGUACUGCUGAGGCUCCUGAUCAACAGAAAACUUUCAUGGAAGCAGGUCUAAAUGGCUGGUUUCAAAAGCCUAUGACUUUUGAGAUAAUAACUCCAUUUCUUUCUGACCUCACAAACAAUAACUGAUCUAGAUUAUCAUGAAGAGAGAUCUGCCAGUCGAUCCAUGAGCUUUAUGCAUUUACUUUUUUUUUGUUUCUUGGAGACAUGAACUCUUAAUUUCUUAAUUCUCAGUAGCUAUGCUAUGGCCUCCAUGUCAUUUUCUCUCCA